AUGCAGUACGUGCGAAGCUUGAGUGGUCCGGUCUCCAAGACAUGGAAUUCCAUCAAUCCGGCUACGCUUAGCGGGGCUAUCGAUGUAAUAGUCAUUGAACACGACGAUGGAAGCCUUGCCUGCUCGCCCUUCCACGUCAGAUUUGGCAAAUUCUCAUUGCUCCGGCCGUCCGAGAAGAAAGUUGAAUUCAGAGUCAAUGGGAUUAAACAAGACUUUUCAAUGAAGCUGGGCGAUGGAGGGGAAGCGUUUUUUGUCUUUGAAACAACUGAAGAUGUCCCGGCGGCGCUCCAGACGUCUCCUUUGGUCUCCGCUGCAAGCAGUCCGGCCUCUACAUCUGUCGACGAGCUACCUUCAUUGCAAGACCCUCCUGAUCUCGAUCUCGACAGUUUGCUUCCCUCUAAACUUGACUCGAAGGAUCCACUGGGCAUCCCGAUCCCAUCAAAUGAUCGCCCUUCCAGCCACGAUUUUGGCAACUUGACACCCUUAUCACAAUCACCAAAUGGCUCUACCUUGCAACGAGACCGACUUGAUUCAUUCGAAGGCCCUUCCAUCAGGAAAUUAGAUCGCUCGGCUUCCGAUGGCGUCCUGUCCCAGGAAAAAGAAUCCUUAGGUAGCGAGCCUUCCAGUCCUGUCAGCUUGCUUCACGUUGCGAACCAGGGGAAUCCACCCCAGGGUCGUCGUUCUAUGAGCCCGCCUCCCGUUUCACCCAGUGAAGCUAUUUCACGCGCCAUGGCUCUUUCCAAGAAACUAUCGGGUUCCAACAUUCCUUCGCAUGUUACAGAAAGUGGUGACUUGAUGCUUGACAUGACUGGCUAUAAAAGCAGUGAGGAAGAUGCGCUUCGUGCCGAGGUUAUCGCACGUAAAAUUCUUUCCGAAGAACUAGAAGGCAAUUAUGACAUUGGGGCUUUGAUCGGUGCAGAUGAUCACGGCAAUCUCUGGAUAUAUAGUAGCGAGGAGGCGAAAGCCUCGGCCGACCGUCGAGCUACGUUGAACACCCUCAAAGUCCAACCAACAGCCUACAAUGACGAUGCUAUCUCGGAUCCUGGGUACCACAGUGAAGGGGAACAGCCAUCUCUGCAAGCCCCAUUGCAAACUCGUCAUCAUCGUGCUCAAUCUGAUGUCCAGCCUGGCUUCCCGACUCCUCCUCAAACCCCGCCGCAAGACGCGAGCGCUGGAGAUCCCAACCGAAAUUAUGCUAAAACACUAAGACUAACUAGCGAUCAACUCAAGGCACUCAACCUGAAGCCUGGGGCCAAUCCUGUCUCCUUCACGGUCAACAAAGCUACAUGCCCAGCUAUGAUGUACCUUUGGAGUUACAAGACUCCCAUUGUCAUUUCCGACAUUGACGGGACAAUUACAAAAUCCGACGUUUUGGGACAUGUCUUGAAUAUGAUUGGACGUGAUUGGACCCAUCAAGGCGUUGCGAAGCUUUUCACCGACAUUGUAAGCAACGGAUAUAACAUCAUGUACCUUACGAGCCGCUCUACUGGGCAAGCGGACUUAACUCGGACGUACCUGAAAGGCGUCCUACAGGACGGAUACAGAUUACCAAAAGGGCCUGUUAUCAUGAGUCCCGAUAGAACGAUAGCAGCAUUACGACGCGAGAUUUACCUGCGAAAGCCCGAAGUCUUCAAGAUGGCUUGCCUUCGUGAUAUACUCAACCUCUUUCCCCCAAGCCAGAAUCCAUUCUAUGCUGGCUUCGGCAACCGCUUGACCGAUGCUCUUAGCUAUCGAUCUGUCAAUAUCCCCUCGUCUCGAAUUUUCACGAUUAACUCCUACGCGGAGGUUUCGCUGGAUCUGCUGAGCCUCAACAAAUAUAAGAGUAGCUACGUCACAAUGAGAGAGUUGGUUGACCACUUCUUCCCUCCUAUCAGUCUACUGGUCCAAGGAGGGGGCGAGGAGUUCACGGACUUUACCUACUGGCGAGAACACGCCAAUUUGGACGAUUUCUCCGUCACGGACAGUGAUGUAGAAGAAGGACAUGGCCUCGAUAUUGACCACGCCUUCAGUGAUGAGGAGGAGGAGGAUGAGGAUGAACCAGUCGGCGACAUGGGCGACAGUUAUAUUUCGCAAGACUCUGUUGAGAAUCUGGAGAUGACCAGCUCAAUGAUCGAGUCGACGAUCGAGGAUGAUGCAGUUUCCAACGACGAACUUUCGGAAACUGAUGACGAUCUACCUGACGUAGGGGGGGUCUCCUUGCGCGAUACAAAAUUCUGA